AUGGGUUACACUGGAUCAUGGAUGGCCGAGUGGUUUUCUAUUGGUGUUCACCCUACACUAAUUUUGGUGGUGACAUCAAAUGUAUGCAUUGCCACUUGUAUCUUAUGCAUAUUCACUUAUAGAGUUUAUAUGAUCCUGCCAUUUAAUCAUUUUCUCAGAUUCAAUGGUAAAGGACACAUUUAUGCAAGUGUGGCUUAUUUUGUGAUUUACGUCCCCGCUAUUUUAUCUUCAAUGUGGAACAGCUCUCCAGAUCAGAAUGCAGCUAAACAGUGGGUGCUGACGGAAUACUCAUGCGCCCUAUCGGUAAUGAAUGUUCCACGGCUCCACAUCUAUACACCGGAAAGCGUUCGACAAUUUCUUAUUAGCUCAAUAGUCCUCAUUAUCUUGGGUGCACCCUUGAUGAUUGUAAUCAUCUGGUCUUAUUAUCAUUAUCUCAAUCAAAAGGGCAAUCUCUCGGAAAAAACCAGAAAUAUGCAGAGGCGAUUUCUUUAUUACGUGUAUAUACAGGCUUCAAUCCCUGGAGUUUGCCUAUUUCUUCCGCUGUUUAUUAUCAUACUUACCAUGAUAACUUCGGAAAUGAAAGCGCAAGGUAUUGGUAAUAUCGCCAUGGGUGCCAUUGCGCUUCAUGGUCUUGUGUCAUCAAUAACUAUGAUAUUAUGCAAUGAACCCUAUCGAAGAUACACUCUCAAUCUAAGCAAACGAAGUACGUUACCAAAAUAG